AUGUAUUCUUCGAAAUCAAUCAAUCUUAGAAGUCAAUUUCGCUCUCAUCUCGAGAAAGCAUAUCCUGGAAAGAAUGCAGGAGAAAUCUAUAGUGCAUUGUUACCAAAUGGACAGGCAUAUCUUUUAUUUUCUGAUCUAGAAAACUUAUGUCUAGACGCUCAAAUUCCCGUUGAAAAAAUAAACGAUAUUUUCCAUCCAUAUAUUUCACGUAAAAAUAUGAUUUCCGGAUCACAAUUCGAACAAUUCUUCAAGGAUGAGUUCACAACAGGUUCAAAUCAACCAGAUGUUCCAGAGGGCGUCUCAAAUGAAACAGUUUUAGUUCUUCGUGCAUUUGCUACAGCAAUUCGUCUUAGAUUAUCACCUCAUCCUUCUGAAAGAUGGGCGAAACUCAUCCAAAGAAAUCCACCUAGUGCUGGAUCAUCUAAACUUCGUGUUGCUACAUUAUGUAGAUUGUGUAAUGAAUACAAUCUUCCUUGUGAUACUGAAGACUUUAUUGAUGCUCUUUUCGAAUUCUUAGGUACAAAGACUGAUGCGAUCGACUUCCAACAAUUCAACUCUAUAAUGGGCACAUUUGCUUAA